AUAUAAAACUACUUAACCUAAGUUGCUAUAAAAGGAAUGCUAUCAUAUUUCAGUGAAGAAACCAAAAGCAAAACAUUCCUAGAGUUGAUUUUGCAUCCCUUUGGAAUGAAGUAUGAGUGAGGAUCAGAAAAAAACUGCCUCCACGGGUCAUGAUGAACUGGUAGUUUCACAAGAACAGCAGGCUAAGAUCACUGAGGUGAGAGGGUUGAUAGGGCAGUUAUCAGAUAAGGAAUCUGUGUACUGUUCUGAUGCAUCCAUUUCAAGGUAUUUAAUGUCACGCAAUUCGAAUGUUAAGAAAGCAGCUCAAAUGUUGAAACAAAGUCUGAAAUGGAGAAAAAAAUACAAACCGGAAGAGAUCCGCUGGGAAGAGAUUGCCGAUGAUGCAGAGUCAGGGUCGAUUUAUAGACCCAAUUAUCAGGACAAGUACGGGAGAUCAGUGAUUGUAAUGACACCUAGACGCAAGAACUCCAAAUCAACAGAGAGACAGGUUAAGUAUUUCGUACACUGCUUGGAGAAUGCCAUUUUAAACCUUCCUCCACACCAAGAACAGGUGGUUUGGCUGGUAGAUUUAGAGGGUAUCAAGAUGUCGGAUAUAUCGUUCAAAACGUCACGUGAAAUUGUCCAUGUAUUCCAAAACUAUUAUCCAAUGCGCUUGGGUUUGAUAAUUCUGUUCAAUGCGCCUCUAAUCUUCCAGCCAUUCUUCAAGAUGAUGAGGCCCUUUUUGGAAACUGAAAUUUACAAUAAAGUAAAGUUUUGCUAUUCGGACGACCAGAACUCAAAGAAGAUUUUGGAGGAUUUAUUUGAUAUGGAUAAACUUGAAUCUGCAUUUGGUGGGAAUGGUGACACAGGAUUUGACAUAAAUAAAUAUGCUGAGAGAAUGAAAGAGGAUGACAACAAGAAAGAAAGCUUGGUUACACUCAAAGGGUGAGGAAUUAGAAUGAGAAAUAAUAUACCAAAACAUUUAUUGAGUCAGGUAAAGCAGCAAGAUGCUAUGGCAUUAGUUUGAAAGCUAGAUUCAAGGCACGAAGUGUCAACUUUAUGUAUGAUUUACUAAAUUGCAAUGAUAAAUAAUCAUGCUCGGUA